AUGUGUUCGUCUUUCAAUUUCCCUCAUCCGACUACUACAUUCGAUGAUCUUGAGAACCUUUAUAAGGUGUAUGGGGUUGAUCGUUCCGUCAUCCUUGACUUGGUCAGUACGCAUGAGACUCCUGAAACCGUGAGAGAAGGCUACUACGGAGCCUAUCUUUCUUUCUUUCACUCAUGCGGUCUUAUCUUCCCGAUCCCGGAGACAAUACCCGAGGUCCUGGCGGAGCUUGGGUUAUCGCUUACCCAACUUCUCCCAAAAUUUCUUAGGCAUCUUGUCGCCUUCUUGGUUAAGGCCAGGGAGGAGGGUCUUGCUUUUGGUCUUAGCGAGUUUCCUCAGCUCGUUCUGUUGAAGCGGAAUAAGAAGAACCCUGGUACUUUCCUCGUGUCUCCGCGCCCAGGUAGCCACGUCAUCGAGGACAUCCCUUAUCGCGACGAGAAGUGGCGCGAGCAAUUUUUUGUUUUCAAAAUGGAUCGAGCAUCUAUGGAUAACUUCGACUUCUCCGAACUUCCCCAGCGUUGGGCCGAGAAUAUCGUUCCUUCUGGAAGCUCUUCAAUGUCAGAUGAGAUCCGUGGUCUGAUGAGGGUCCUUCGGAGAGGUCAUUCGAACUGGUCUACUAUUGAUCAAACUCGGAUUCAAACUGUCUUCGCCUUUCCGGUGAGGACCGACAGAGCUCCUUUGGUUGAGGAGUCUGAAGACGAGGCCGAACAUUCCCAGGAGGUCGUAGAGACUCCUUCUGUUCAGACCCAGGGCCGAGCUUCCGGAAAAUCUCCCUUGAUCUCGAUUCAUGAUUCCGACGACAAAGAUGUUUCCGGAGAGAAUCGACCUCCUGUCUUGUUGAGUUCUGGCUCAGAAGAUGAGACUGUGGCUGCGACUCGCAAGCGACGUUGGUCAUCAGAGGGUGCCUUGCCCGGUCCGUCUCAUCCUAGGUUUGUUUCUGAGGGAGAUGGUUCUUCGUUUGCCGCCCAAAGCAACCUAAUUUCCCUCGCUGGUCGCAUGAGGUCUGCGGGUUGCCGUCUCCCAUCUCUCGCUUCCCCAGUCGAGAGGGAAGCCUACACCAAGGUUGCUGUGGCAAGCUCUAAGGCGAUGGAAGCUUCUAAUGAAUAUGUCGUGACGAUGGAAGAUCAUGUCAUGGCUUCUCGGAACGACAAGAAAAUUGAGAGCAUUGGUUUUGAGAUCAAGACGCUUUCGAAGGAGCUCGAAGUCACCAAGCGAGAAGGGAAGAAGGAUGCCGAAAAGAUCUGGAGGAGAGUUCAUCUGGAGAACAAGGCUCUCACGUCCCAGAUGGUUGCUCAAAGGGAAAGAAUUGCGGCGCUCAAGGUCGAGAGAGAUCUGGACAUUCGCCGCGCUUCUCGUAUUGCUCGUCGCGAUAUCGCGGCUAAGUAUCGGGAAGUUCUUGAAUCUUUGAAGGAUAGGCGGGCAAGCAAGAAGAAGGAAGUGCCUGCUGAGAUCCGGCUGCAAGAAGUGACCGCCAACAUCGAUCUCCUGACCAAGCUCAAGGAUGGGGGCCUGACUAUGGAUGCGGAGCUUGCUCGAUUAAAGGGAAUGUAA